GUCUUCUGGGACCUGUCAUGUGUCUGCAGUCUCUGGUCAUCUCCUGUACUAUGUCCGCAGUCUCUGGUCAUCUCCUGUAGUACAUCUGCAGUCUCUGGUCAUCUCCUGUACUAUGUCCGCAGUCUCUGGUCAUCUCCUGUAGUACAUCUGCAGUCUCUGGUCAUCUCCUGUAGUAUGUCCACAGUCUCUGGUCAUCUCCUGUACUGUCUGCAGUCUCUGGUCAUCUCCUGUAAUUUAUCUGUAGUCUCUGGUCAUCUCCUGUAGUAUGUCCGCAGUCUCUGGUCAUCUCCUGUAGUAUGUCCACAGCCUCUGGUCAUCACCUGUACUAUGUCUGCAGUCUCUGGUCAUCUCCUGUACUAUGUCUGCAGUCUCUGGUCAUCUCCUGUAAUAUGUUUGCAGUCUCUGGUCAUCUCCUGUAGUAUGUCCCCAGUCUCUGGUCAUCUCCUGUAGUAUGUCCGCAGUCUCUGGUCGUCUCCUGUAGUAUGUCUGCAGUC